AUGGCACCAAGAUCUCAGUCAAAGAGUCAGCGUGAGCCUCUGAGAAAGAGGUCGAGAGAAGAUGCAGACAAUAGCAAUGAUACCAACGAAGAUGCUGCGAUUCAAGAAGUCGAUGCCGAUUUCGAAGAGGUUGCAGGUCUUCUUGGAACUGAUAUAGCCGACCCCGACCAAAAGCAGAAACAGAAACAAAGCAAAGACGAAAAAAGAUUACAAGAACUCACCAAGCCCAAGGUUUCUAACACUAGCGAGGCAGAGGCUGACGAGCCAGGUGUAAACUAUUCAUUUGAGAAGGCAGACUUUUCAGAGCCAACUAUGAAAGCCAUUAAGGAAAUGGGUUUCCAAAAGAUGACCAAAGUGCAAGCAAAGACGAUCCCUCCUUUGCUUGCGGGACGUGAUGUUUUGGGUGCAGCCAAGACCGGAUCAGGAAAGACAUUGGCAUUUUUGCUUCCAGCAGUUGAACUUUUAUAUUCAUUGAAGAUUAAACCAAGAAACGGUACCGCUGUGAUUAUUAUUACACCAACAAGGGAGUUGGCAUUGCAAAUCUUUGGAGUUGCAAGGCAGUUGAUGGAAUACCAUUCACAGACUUGUGGUAUUGUGAUUGGAGGUGCAGAUAGAAGACAAGAAGCCACAAAGCUAGCGAAAGGUGUCAAUUUACUCGUGGCCACACCAGGGCGUCUUUUGGAUCAUUUGAAAAACACUCAAGGAUUCGUCUUUCUGAAUUUGAAGGCCUUGGUGAUUGAUGAAGCCGAUAGAAUAUUGGAGAUUGGGUUCGAAGAAGAAAUGAAACAGAUUAUAAAGAUAUUGCCUAACGAGGACAGACAAACAAUGUUAUUCUCAGCAACACAAACAACAAAAGUCGAGGAUCUUGCGCGAAUUUCUUUGAGGCCUGGACCUUUGUACAUCAAUGUUGUUCCUGAAAAGGAUGUUUCCACCGCAGACGGGUUGGAACAAGGAUAUGUUGUUUGUGACUCAGACAAGAGAUUUUUGUUGCUUUUUUCCUUUUUAAAGAGAAACAUCAAAAAGAAGAUUAUUGUGUUUUUGUCUUCGUGUAACAGUGUAAAGUUCUACAGUGAAUUGCUCAACUAUAUCGAUCUUCCUGUUUUGGACUUGCACGGAAAGCAAAAGCAACAGAAACGAACAAAUACGUUUUUCGAGUUUUGCAAUGCCAAGCAAGGGAUAUUAGUAUGUACAGAUGUUGCAGCAAGAGGCUUGGAUAUCCCAGCUGUUGACUGGAUUAUCCAAUUUGACCCACCAGAUGACCCAAGAGAUUACAUCCACAGAGUCGGUAGAACUGCGAGAGGUACAGAUGGAAAGGGUAAAUCUUUGAUGUUCCUUACACCAUCAGAGUUGGGAUUUUUGAGGUACCUUAAGGCCGCAAAUGUGCCCUUGAAUGAAUACGAGUUCCCAGCCAACAAGAUUGCCAAUGUGCAGUCACAGUUGACUAAAUUGAUCAAGACAAAUUACUUGUUACACCAAUCUGCCAAGGAUGGAUAUAGAGCAUACUUGCAAGCUUACUCAUCGCAUAGUUUAAAGACAGUUUAUCAAAUUGAUAAAUUGGAUUUGGUGAAAGUUGGUAAAUCAUUUGGAUUUGAUGUGCCACCAAAGGUUAACAUCACCAUCGGCGCAAGUGGAAAAUCGAUUGAAAAGAAACACAAGAAACAAAAGAGAGAUAGAAAGUAG